UUCAUUCAUCACUCCAAUUCAAACUGAAAACCACUCAUCAACAACAAUCUUUUCAAACAUGCAGAUCUUUGUCAAAACCCUAACCGGAAAAACAAUCACUCUAGAAGUCGAAAGCUCCGACACAAUCGACAACGUCAAAGCCAAGAUCCAAGACAAAGAAGGAAUCCCACCGGAUCAACAACGUCUCAUCUUCGCCGGAAAACAGCUCGAAGAGGGCAGAACCCUAGCCGAUUACAACAUCCAAAAAGAAUCCACCCUUCACCUCGUUCUUCGUCUCCGCGGCGGUAUGCAGAUCUUCGUCAAAACCUUAACCGGCAAGACCAUUACGUUAGAGGUGGAGAGUUCUGACACCAUCGAUAACGUGAAAGCUAAGAUUCAUCAACAGGGGCUUAUUUUUGCUGGGAAGCAGUUGGAAGAUGGGAGGACGUUAGCGGAUUAUAAUAUUCAGAAGGAGUCUACUUUGCAUCUGGUUUUACGACUUCGUGGUGGUGGUGUUUUCUGAGACCAGUUUAUGUUGAUUCUCAUGUGUUCCUAUUUACUUUUUCAUGUUUACUGCAUUUAGUUGUUUUUAUUUGGUAUGUUUUAUGAAUGAAAAUAUUUUGAAUUGACUA